AUGCUCAGUUUGAGGCACCCUACCCCCGCCCCCGCCCCACCCUCCAACACCCACACCCACCACCCCAGCAUGAUGCAAUGCCUGUGGCAAGAAAUGCGCGCCCAGCCAGGUAGUGUGCCCCGGUUUGCUACCGAUAGUGCUCAGUAUGAGGCACCCUACCCCCACCCCCACCCCAUCCUCCAACACCCACACCCACCACCCCAGCAUGAUGCAAUGCCUGUGGCAAGAAAUGCGCGCCCAGCCAGUUUGAGGCACCCUACCCCCGCCCCCGCCCCACCCUCCAACACCCACACCCACCACCCCAGCAUGAUGCAAUGCCUGUGGCAAGAAAUGCGCGCCCAGCCAGGUAGUGUGCCCCGGUUUGCUACCGAUAGUGCUCAGUAUGAGGCACCCUACCCCCACCCCCACCCCAUCCUCCAACACCCACACCCACCACCCCAGCAUGAUGCAAUGCCUGUGGCAAGAAAUGCGCGCCCAGCCAGGUAG